GACCAGGGCGCCAGAGAAGAGCGGGCGCCGCCAGCCAGGCGCUGCACAUCAUGAAUGCUCAGGUCAUACAGCUCGAGGAUGGCUGGAACAAGCUGAAGACGGGCGGCGUGCUCAAGAUCGAGGAGAUUCUCGAGGAUGCGUCGGGCGGCGUGUACAAGCACCGGAUAAGCACCGACGAGUACUCGCAGCUGUACACGUGCGCGCUCCCGCCUCUGCGCCCUGCGCCGCCUCAGCAGCGCGCGGCGCGGUUCGCGCGCUCGAGCUUCGCCCCGGCCUCGGCUGUGCGCAGGACGGUCUACACCAUGUGCACGCAGAAGCCGCCAAACAACUGGAGCGAGCCGCUGUACAACAACUAUUGCGAGGCUGUCAUCGACUACUUGACUGCGCGCAUCCUGCCGCGCAUCAAGGAGAAGCAUGACGAGGCGAUGCUGCGGGAGCUGGUGCGGCGCUGGGAGAACCACAAGACGAUCAUCCGCUUCCUCUCGCACGUCUUCAAGUACUUGGACCGCUUCUACGUGAAGCGGCUGUCGCUGCCUGAGCUGGCAGAGGUAGGGUCGCAAAAGUUCCUCGAGAUCGUCUUCAACGCGGUGAAGCGAGAGGUGCGGACGGCGAUCCUGGAGCUGGUGCGGCGCGAGCGCGAGUGCGAGCAGGUGGACAAGCAGCUCAUCAAGUCGGUCAUCGACAUCUUCGUCGAGAUGGGCGGCUCGCGCGCCUCGCUCGAGACGUACGCGACCGACUUUGAGGAGAUGCUCCUCUCGACGACCGCGGACUACUACUCGCGCGAGUCGGCAAAGUGGGCGGGGAACGACUCCUUUCCGGAGUACAUGCGCAAGGCCGAGGACCGGCUCAAGCAGGAGCAGGACCGCGUGGCCAACUACCUGCACUCCUCGACCGAGGAGAAGCUGCUCAAGGUGUGCGAGGAGCAGCUGCUGCAGAACCCGGAGCAGCAGCUGCUCGAGAAGGAGCACUCCGGCUGCGAGAAGCUGCUGCUCGACAACAAGACGGAGGACCUGUCGCGGAUGUUCCGCCUCUUCUCGCGCAUCCCCACCGGGCUGCCGCCGAUCGCAAACAUCGUGCGCAAGCACAUCACCGACGUGGGCCUCGCGCUCGUCAAGAAGCAGUCGGUCAACGCCGAGGGCGACCUGAUGCCGUACGUGCAGGAGCUGCUCGACAUCCACGACAAGUACACCGAGCUGGUGGGGUCGGGGCCCGAGAAGGGGUGCUUCCAGGGGCACAACAUCUUCCACAAGGCGAUGAAGGAGGCCUUCGAGGUCUUCGUCAACAAGGACAUCGGCAAGAGCGCCACCGCAGAGCUGCUCUCCAACUUUUGCGACAACCUGCUCAAAAAGUCGGGCGAGCGGCUCUCGGACGAGGCGCUCGAGGACAAGCUGGAGAAGGUGGUGCGGCUCUUUGGCUACCUGUCCGACAAGGACAUCUUCGCCGAGUUCUACAAGAAGCAGCUCGCGAAGCGGCUGCUGCUGGCGCGCUCGUCGAGCGACGACGCGGAGCGCUCGAUGAUCGCCAAGCUCAAGCUGCGGUGCGGCGCGCAGUUCACCUCGAAGCUGGAGGGCAUGGUGACCGACAUGAACCUGUCGCAGGACAUCCAGUCCGCCUUCGCCGAGCACGUCAAGGACAAGGAGCUCGAGCUCGACACCGACCUGACGGUGCAGGUGCUCACCACCGGCUUCUGGCCCACGUACAAGUCGGACGAGCUCAACCUGCCAAAGGAGAUGCUGCAGUGCAUCGAGACCUUCAAGGCCUUUUACGACUUGCGCACCUCGCACCGCCGGCUGCGGUGGGUGCACUCGCUGGGCUCGGCGACCGUGGUGGGCAAGUUCACGCCCUCGGGGAAGAGCAAGGAGCACGACCUGCUCGUCUCCACCUACCAGGCCUGCAUCCUGCUGCUCUUCAACGAGGCGGACUCGAUGACCUUCUCCGACAUCCAGGGCCACCUCAACCUGCCCGCGGAGGAGCUCAAGCGCUACGUGCUCUCGCUCUGCGUCGGCAAGUACAAGAUCCUGACCAAGGAUCCGGCCGGCAAGGAGGUCGCGCCGACCGACAAAAUCACCUACAACGCUGCCUUCUCUGACCGCGCGCGGCGGAUCAAGGUGCCGAUGAUCGCCGCCAAGAUCACGCAGGAGGAGAAGGACGCGACGCGAGCCACCGUGGACGAGGACCGCAAGCAUGCCAUCGAGGCGGCGAUUGUGCGCAUCAUGAAGACGCGCAAGUCGCUCGACCACCAGAAGCUCGUGCUCGAGGCUUCGACCCAGCUGAUGCGCCACUUCAAGCCCGACCCGAAGCAGAUCAAGAAGCGCAUCGAGGACCUCAUCCACCGCGAGUACCUGGAGCGCGAUCCCUCCAACCCCAAUCUGUACAAGUACCUGGCCUGAGGGGAGGGGAGGGGGCUCGAUCUACCGCUCCCCGCUCACGCCCCCUCCGCGCCUGCUCGCCCGCCGCGCCCUCCGCGCCCAGACGAGGCGAACGAGCCGCGGGCGCGGGGGAGGCGGUGGGCCGCGGAGAGGAACGUGACUCUUGUGUUCGUAUGUGUCAACGCGCGCCGCUCUAGUUAUGUACAGGGUGCGGCCAUGUCAAAAAACCAGGCGACCGGU